AUGGCUGUCGGGACUUCUGCAUGGCUACACUUUCUGCUCCUGGUUUCCUACCUGGGGCUCUCAGGUUCAGCCUCCCUUCUUAGGCGCCUGGGUGAGCACACUCAGCAGUUUCAGGAGAGCUCUGGCCCAAGCCUAGGACUGAGCCUAGGCCUGGGUGCUAAGGCCCUCCCAAAAGAGGGCUGGCUGGAGCAGCCGCUGGAUCCCUUCAAUGCGACCGACAGACGAUCCUUCCUGCAGCGGUACUGGGUGAAUGACCAACACUGGGCUGGCCAAGACGGACCCGUAUUCCUACAUCUAGGGGGUGAGGGCAGCCUUGGGCCUGGCUCAGUGAUGAGAGGUCACCCUGCAGCCCUGGCCCCAGCCUUGGGGGCCCUGGUGGUAGGUCUGGAACACAGAUUUUAUGGCCUGAGUAUACCUGCUGGGGGCCUGGACAUGGCCCAGCUCCGCUUCUUGUCUAGCCGCCAUGCGUUGGCUGACAUGGCCUCUGCACACCUCGCACUCUCCCGCCUCUUCAACGUCUCCUCCUCCAGCCCUUGGAUCUGCUUCGGAGGCUCCUAUGCCGGCUCCCUGGCCGCCUGGGCCCGGCUGAAGUUUCCGCAUCUCAUUUUCGCCUCGGUCGCCUCCUCAGCCCCGGUGCGCGCGGUGCUGGAUUUCUCGGAGUAUAAUGACGUGGUGUCCAGAAGCUUAAUGAACACGGCGAUUGGCGGGUCCCCGGAGUGCUGGUCUGCGGCGUCAGCGGCCUUCGCGGAGGUGGAACGGCGGCUGCGCGUGGGCGGGGCGGCCCUGGCGGCUCUGCGGGAGGAGCUGGGCGCGUGCGGACCCCUGAGCCGCGCAGAGGACCAGGCGGAGCUGCUGGAGGAGCUGCAGGCGCUGGUGGGGGGCGCCGUGCAGUACAACGGGCAGGCGGGGGCGCCACUAAGCGUAAGACAGCUCUGUGGACUCCUCGCGGGAGGGGGCAACCGCAGCCGCAAGGCGCCCUAUCGCGGGCUGCGCCGAGCAGCUCAGAUUGUCAUGCACAGCCUGGAACAAAAGUGUUUAAGCACUUCCCGAGCAGAGACAGUGGCACAGCUGAAGAACACAGAACCUCAAGUAUCUGGCGUGGGUGACCGGCAGUGGUUGUACCAGACAUGUACUGAGUUCGGCUUCUAUAUCACCUGUGAGGACCCGGGAUGCCCUUUCUCCCAGCUACCAGCACUGCCCUCCCACCUAGGUCUUUGUGAGCAGGUAUUCGGCCUCUCAGCCUCAUCGAUAGCCCAGGCCGUGGCCCAGACGAAUUCCUACUAUGGUGGCCAGACCCUGAGGGCCACCCAAGUGCUCUUCGUUAAUGGGGAUGCAGAUCCCUGGCAUGUGCUAAGUGAAACACAGUCCUUGGGGCCCUUCGAGUCAGCCCUUCUCAUCCCUAAUGCCUCUCACUGCUUGGACAUGGCACCUGAGAGACCCUCGGACUCUCCCAACCUCCGCUUAGCGCGCCAGAAGAUCAUCCAGCAGCUGCAUACUUGGCUCACGCUGGCGAAGGAGAGCCAGGUUAGGGGUGGACCCUGA